AUGAAGACCUUUGUUAUCAAGGCUCCCCUGCUGCUGCUCCUGACUGUGCUGGCCCUGGCCAGCCACCCAGAAGGUUCACACUUUGUGGGCUCUUUCCAAACUCUCUUCACCGGGUAUGGCCUCCCGGAGCCCCAGUUUAUCAGUCUUGGCUUUCUGGAUGAUAUACAGUUUGAGAGGUUCAACAGCAGAGCAGAUUCUCCUGGGAUGAAGCACUGUGCACCAUGGAUAGAUCAUCAUAAAGCAGAUUAUUGGAAGAAGAAGUCACAGAAGGCCCUGAGUGAUUUUCAGACCAUGAGACAAUUACUGCAACUAAUGCUCCAUGCCUACAACCACAGUACACUUGGAUAUCACACAAUCCAGAAGAGGUAUGGCUGCCAUGCCUUGCCUCGAGGGUACUUCAGUCACGGAUUCUUAGAAGUAGCUUUCAAUGGCCAUGAUUACAUUAGGCUGAAUGAGGACCUGAGGACUUGGACAGCAGUUGGCAAGGCACCAGAGAUUCUCAGGCAACGGUGGGAGAAGAAUGGUUUUGCAGAAACUAUGAAGAUUUACCUGGAGGUUGAAUGUUUGGACUCACUCCUCACAGAGCUGGAGUAUGGGAAGGAGAUUUUACUGAGAACAGAACCCCCUAAAAUACAUGUGACCCGUAAGGCCAGACCUGACAGGAAAAUCACCCUGAGGUGCUGGGCCCUAAGCUUCUACCCUCCUGAAAUUACUCUCACCUGGGAGAGAGAUGGAUGCAACCAAAUGCAGUACAUGGAGGUGGUAGAGACCAGGCCUGCAGGGGAUGGAACUUUCCAGAAGUGGGUAGCUGUGGUGGUCUCUUCCGGGGAAGAGCAGAGAUACACAUGUCGUGUGAAUCAUAAGGGGCUGCCUGAGGUCAUCACCCUGAAAUGGGAGCCUCCUGAGACCACCAUCCCCAUCAUGGCUAUUAUUAUUCCUGUGGUUCUUGGAGCUCUGCUUAUGGGAGCAGUGAUGACUUUUCUGAUAUGGAAGAGGAGGACUAGAGGUAAGGAAGGGCCAGGGUCUAGUUCAUGUCUCCAUGGGAACAACAAGCCCAAGCUGUGA